AUGGUACUGUACACAGGGGAGACGAUCGGCCAGGCGGACAAGACAGAUCUGGGCCCAGGUCUGGAGGAGCUGCUGGUACUGGCAGACGCCACCAAGACCUGCACGGACAAGAUCAUCUCCCAGACUGAGGUGGUGCUGCAGCCGAGCACCGGAGCACGACUGGAGGACCGGCUGUAUGAGCAUCUUGAAUGGAGCGCCCCACUUCGGCCUCGUGCCCUCGAGGUUCUGGGUAAUGAAAUGACCCAGGCCGGGCUGGAGCUUGGGUCCAACACUCCCUAUGGAACGGCCCUGCUGAGGUGUGGAGAGGUUCAGAAGCAGCUCAGCGACGCAGAGAGAAAGUUUGUCCAAAGCACGAACAUCCACUUCCUCACCCCUCUGAGGAGUUUCACUGAGGGGGAACACAGAACCAUACAAGAUGAGCGCAGGUUGUUGCUGAACAAGCGUCUGGACUUGGACAUCGCUAAAAGCCGACUGAAGAAAGCCCACGAGGCCGAUCAGGAGUCCCGAAACCUAAACGCAAACCCGCUGGACGAUGCCUACAUGUCUCACGUCUCCUACAUGUUCAGCUUCAUGCGGGUCAAAUGGCUGAAGGUGUGGGCACAGCAGAUCACGCAGGCAGAGAUGGAGCUGAGAAUCUUUCAGAGUCUGUUCGAUCGACAGUCAGAAAUCACAAGGCAGCUUCUGGAAGGAAUCCACAACACUCACACCAACCACAUGCGGAGUCUCACGGACUUCGUGGAGGCUCAGGCUUGUUUCUAUGACCAGUGCAACCAGCAUGCUCAGGGGCUGCAGAAACAACUGGGGAGCAUCCCCGCGGUUCUCUGCUCCAACAACUGGCUCUCAGAAAUAAGUAAUCAGCCGUCAACAAGCAGCCAAGUGGCCACCGAGCCCAGUGGAUCAAACCAGGUCACUCGGAUUCCCGUGGUCGUCCAACAAAUUCCAGACUUCGAUCAGGACUCGUGGACUGAACGUCCGUCAUCAGUCACAGACAAAACAACAACAGGUUCAUCUGUGCACACUCAGCCCCUGGACCCGACAAAUAACAACAAUAACAACAACAACAACAACAAUCAGUCAAGUGACAGCCAUGAGAUCAGUAACCAUGCAGCGGCCAAUAAGGCAUCUCUCCAUGUCUGUGCUUCAGACUCAGACAACAACACAACAGCUCAGCGCUCAGCGGCCAACAGGACAGUCGGCGUCCACACAACAACCCAGGGGACGACUCUCGAGUCUUCAGCUGCAGUGGCUGAUGGUUCAGGUCACGCAGCGACGACAACCUCCUCUUCACCUUCACAACCUCAGGCUGCAAAUACAGUGUCGCGUGAAACCAUGAAAACCAGUGCCGUGGCAGAUGAGCCCCAAACUACUGAUGAAACGGGUAAUGAUGAGCAGCCCGCCAUUAAAGGAGAAGACGUCCAGGAGGGGCCAGCCUCCGCCAGUCAGGAUGUGGUUGAGUAGAGACUGAAGCUCGUCAGCUGGGAAUCACUGUGAUGGAGGUUCAGCUGAAUUCACACCAGUGGUAUAAUAACAGACAUGGUAGAGCUGAGGAAACAGACGGGAUCAGAACGAUGCAGAUACUCAAAUAUUAUCAUGUGUGGUUUGGAAAAAAAGAAGCUUUAAUUAAUCCCAUAGGGACGUUACUGCAAAGUGGUUGUAAAAGUGCUUAUUCUCCUAGUGCCAGUAGGAUCAUUCAUGUAUUAUUAAUGUUGUGCAAGCAUAAUGACUGUUGAGUGUCAGUCCUGUGUCGUCGUAGAAGAGGAAACCGGCCUCAGGCUGCAAGUCGAGGUCGGACUGAGUGUGUUACGUCUGCAGUGUGCGACUGUAACACACAGAUGUCUAAAAAAAUUAUGUUUCACUCAUUUAAAUGAACAGAGGACAACUAAUCUUUCACCGUGCCAAGUGUGUAUAUGUGUUUGUGUGAAUACGUGAAUUCAUGUGUGUGUGUUCAUGUCUGUCUGUGACCCGUGUGCAACCCGUCACUUGUGUUUAAAAGCUCAGCCCCAAACACACAACACCUUUAGAAAGAAGUGUGUGUGACUUUGUACGAGUUGAGGUCAUUUUCCAUAAUUGUGUGUGUGUGUGUGUGUGUGUGUGUGUGUGUGUGUGUGUGUGUGUGUGUGUGUGUGUGUGUGUGUGUGUGUGUGUGUGUGUGUGUGUGUGUGUGUGUGUGUGUGUGUGUGUGUGUGUGUGUGUGGCGGAGCCCCCAAGGCGACAAAACACCCGGAGUGAACAGGAUCUUUAUGCUUUUGCAUGAUGCAAAGAUAUUCCUCCUUGUUCCUACUCUGGACUCUGGGUGUGUCCCCCCCGUGCACAUGU